GUUUCUAUAUCAAUAUCUGUAUCUGUAGGGUUCACUUUAUUCUAGUUUCAGAACGAAAAUGUAGUUGUCAAAAAGUGCUUGUUCCAUUAUUGCAGAGAAAAGAUGCUUUUUGUAAAAUAUAUAUUUGUGAAGUGAAAUAACUAACUAGUAAUCUAUAAACUAUGUCUGGUGGACUCAUAGAUAAGGUUUAUAUAGGUUUGGACAAUGCGCCGGCCGCAUUCGACAUAAAAGGCCGUAUUCUGGGUCCCAAUGGAACAAAUUUAGAAUACAUACGUUCUGAAACUGGCGUAGUGGCUGUUUUAAAAGGAGACAAAUUAGAACCAUUGCAUUUGGCGCUUCAUCACACAAGGUCCGAGGCGCUAGCGGCUGCGAGGUCGUUAGCCCAGAACUUGAUAGAGACAAUACGAACAGAACUUGCGCAAUGGAGCGCGGCACAGGCUGGAGGGCCUCCACCCGCGUUGAAUGUACCCCCUCCCACACUAACCACAACCUCGGCGCCUCCGCCCAUUCCGCCGCCAGUUCCAACAGCCGCGUUGUCGACUCCCCAGUCCCUAACGUCGACCGCCCCAGCCGUCAUCCCGCCAGUGGUCAGCGUGUCUCCAGCCUCAGCUCCUUUGAUGACUGUACGUCAACCAACUGUACUACAGCUCUUACCGCAACAACAAUAUGUAUUUAACCAAGAAAAUGGUCAGCUAAUACCUAUUGUACAACCAGGUGUUCAGAUGUCAAACACCAAUUUUACAUCACUGCCUUUAGCUCAGCCCAUUGGUUUGCAGCAACCAAAUUUUGGUGCAACACAAAUUGUAGACAUAUCAAGCAUGCAGCCAGUCAAUGUGACGCAGCUACGUCUAAGUGGGGUUCCAUCUUCAAUGUCCAUGAUAUUGCCAAAUGGUAUAACAUUUCCUCAAGCUAGUUUAACCUCUUCUGACACCACUACUGUAAGUUCCGCUACAGCCACACCUGUAGUUUGUGCUGCGCAAAGCAACUCCUCCCAGAAGAUAUUGUAUAGUUCUGACAAAGACAAAGAUAUAAAGUACCACAUCCAAGGAGCUGACACUGUUCAAUGGACAGUGCCUGGUUCACAAACAAUGUUGAUUCCAUAUCAACAACUUCAGGAUAUAACUGCAAAUCAACAGGGGUUGACCAAUUUACAACAUCAACAAUUUGUAUCUAUCGCUCCUGCUGGUGGCCUUCCCCAAACCUCACUUCCACUAUCGGCUACACAAUUACAACACCUCCAGGCAGGUACCAUCAUGCAGCUAAACCAAAAACCAAUAUCAAGCAGUGGUUCAUUGAUAAAUAUAAUAUCGACGGGCCAAGCGUCAUCGCCACAAAUUAUAUCUAAUGCCUCGACUCCUACUAAAAAUGUUGGGACUCAAGAAGCCCGUGGUCAGAAGCGACUGUCUGAUGGCACACCCAGUCAACUGCAACUACGGCCCAUAGCUCCUGCUGGGUCGCAUGUGAGCCAAGAGAAGGGCUCGGGCAGGGAGGCGCGCACGUGGACGGCAGCAGCAGGUAGAGACAACACGGUGGUCAGCAUGGGGAUGAAGAUCAAUCCGGCGCACGGCACGAUUAUACACGUCUCGUCAGGACAGCAGACCAACGUAUCGGCCGGAGUAUCACAGGAAGCGACUGGGAUGUACAUACGACAAAUCGACAAGAACGCCAUACAGAUACAGUCGAGCAAAGACAGUCAGAAACAAGAUCUAACUAAAGUACAGAGCGCGACGCAGAACGUGCAAAUGUUCACCGUACCGCAAGGAAUGACUGUGCUUCAAAACCCUUUGAAUAUAAGCCAAAUGCCGACUGUGAUUGGUCAACCAAACAGCCAAGUGUACAUGAUCCCAGCAAAUCACCCCAACUUGGUCCAAGGAGGUCUCCCCUCAGGACUGAUCGGGCAACAAGUUCUUCAACCAGGUCAGAACGUUACCGUCAUGCAGCCGAACCAGCUGGGAGUACCGGGUGGAGUUCAAUACAAUGUUCCUAUAAUGCCGAUGAAUAUGCCAGCGAAUUCGCAGUACAUGCCAGCAGGGAUAAACUUGAACACGCCGUUAUCGGCACAGCAAUUGAAUGCAGCUUUAUCUGGUCAUCAGUUAAAUCCUAAUUUAUCAGUUUCCGGUACAAUACCGAUUGUCCAAGCGCCUCCCUCUUCGCCAAUGACAGCUCAGACACAGAUACCGGUGUCACAGACACCUCCAGUGCAUCAAAUUGUUCCUCAAAAUUCGUUCAUAGCCCCCACCAGCCAGUAUGGCAGCAUGCCUCAGCAAUACAUGAUGCAGAAUUCCGCUGCAGUCACAAUGCCGGUUAAUAAUACUAAUGUACAGUAUAGUAUUCCUAAUCAGAGUAGCAAUGGAGCAAACAAUGGCAAUGGACAAACCACUAUUGUUGAAAGUGAAGCCACUAACGGCAACAGUAACCAAACCAACUAUAUAACAUCUUCGUCUCAAGACAGCAACGGGUAUUCCAUUGCUGGUGCGACGGUUCAAAACGCGCAGCAGAAUUUUACAACGGACGGAGCGACAACACAAACCGGAUUUGCUUCAGCAAAUCAAACCGCGACUCCUACAUACGGAUCCACAAAUGGCAGUCAAACUCAGGCUUACAACGUGAGCCAGACGACAACAACGCAGCCUCCACCGAACUAUCCUACUAAUGGUUCAAAUCCUCAAACACCAAAUCCGAAUUAUGGCUCUGCAACGACUCCCAGUUCGCAGAACACCUCGCAGGCUAACUUCUCCCCGUCGACCACGCCCGCGCCGAAUCAGACGUACCAGACACCGAAUCUCACAAACAUGCCUAACGUCGCAUACCCGCCGAACCAAAGUCCGCAAAAUCCAUACCCGAAUGCUACUGGCCAGAACUUAGCAGCUUACGCAAGUAAUCAGUACCAAUACACCAGUAGACCGUGGUUCCGGCCUCGUUACGGAUCGCCUCAAGGCUCGCCAUACAGCUCUGGCACUGGCCCCCCACCCAACGGACCUCCUAUGCCUGUCCCCCCUCCCUCUGGCAACUUUAACUAUUGGCAGGACAGUUGAGAGUACCUAGACAGUAUUAUUUUUGUGGAAGAUGACCAGUCAUAAGUUUAGGAUGAUAGGAAUGACAGAGACUGCUUUAUUGUUAAAUACAUUUAUGAAAUGUAAAGAAAUAUUCUAGAUAUAAAUAUAAGUACCUAGUAAUAAAUUA